AUGGCAUCAACGGAGCGGAACCCCACUUCAAUGAUUCCUGAAGGAAUCGACGAUGAGCAGAGGUUCUCCAAGUGCUUCUAUGCCUAUCAGGAGUCCACAGAAAAUCAUGCUGUUGGUGCUAGCCUCUUCAGCGACAUUGAUGCCAGCAGCAGCAGUGUUUGCCGGUCUGCAGAGGACUGGGGCAUCUUGUGGACACACGUGUUCCCGCUUCACAUCUCCGGCUAUCUCUGCGUGCGAGAUAUUAUCGAGGUCGCGCGGGUAUGCAGGAUGGGACACAGCGCGGUGCAGCAGCCAUGGGUGUGGCGGUCACUCGCGGUACACCACCACUCUGUCCAGCCAGUCGCCCUCGAGCGGACGUUCUCCAUUGCAGCGCGGCAGUGGGGUGAGGAGAGGCCGACUGAGACAAUACAGCGCUUACGUGUAUACAACACGCCGCCUCUGCUGACUGAGGUUAAUCGCCGCACGUCUGAGCACCGCGUGCGUUUCCUCGUUGGAUCGACUGCGUACACAACCGCCGGGGGUGGCGAGGACGCAUCCAGCGAGGAAGUUGAAACGGGCGAGCCUGAUGCUCCCUCGAACGACGAAGGUACAGAUGAGUUCGACACAGCGCAGCAACCACAUGAUGUGGACGCUGCGAUAUUAUCCUCCGCGGCGGUGCCGACAGUGGCUGCUGCUACUGCUGUUGCAGCCUUUGCUCCUGCCUCCUCCUCCACUAAAGCGGAGGAGGUGGGUUCCUCUGCUCCUCGCUCUAGUCGAGCUGCUCUACCAUCCAGCACCUCCCCCCGAUUCCUAUGGCAGACAGCAGCUGCUGCAAUGCCGUCGCCGUCCAGCCCAGUGUCGUCCCCUCCGCCUGAGGAUGACAAGGCUGCCGGCACCCCAGCUGUGCCCAGCAGCGCACUUCUACCGCGAGAAGCCGAGGCGAGGGGCUCUACGCCUUUGCUCUCGAUGACCACUUUAGCGGCCGCCCCCCCACGUGGGGCGGCGAAGCCUAACCUGUACGCCUCACCGCAGUCAGGCAUGCUGACAUCUCUCACGGAAGGCCAGUGUAGUAGCCCCAUCCUCAACAACAACGGGACGGGUAGUUCAUCAGGCGAAAAAUGGCGUGCAAUGCGGUGGGCCACAACGCAGGAGUGCCUGCCCCCACCCUCACCAGCGCAGCUGAAAAGCACAGUGACAAGCACUGAGGCGCCGGCGGUGGGAGAUGUGUCCCCGCGGGCCUCGUUCUCUGCUGGGUCGUUGCGCCGACAUCCCUCCUACGUGCUAGAGAUGGCGACAGAGGUGGCGGUGGACGGGCCUGCCUCGCCCCUACCGGCGGCCUCGUUCAGCAGCGCUGCUAGUCGUGAUAGCUCGUUUCGGCAGGUGGCCCUAUCGACCCCCGUGGUGUACUCCUUUACCUUGUGUAGGGCCACUGCUGAACGGACGGUGCUGCACAGCGUGCCGGAGUUUCCGUGGAAGAUGUUCACGCAGUACCUGCACAUCAACCGCGUCCAGCGCAGCCUCUCGCAGCUGGCAGCACUGUCAAACACUGCGCGUGCGGAGCUGUGCCAAGGCGGUACCUGGGACGCUGCAUACGGCGCCUUGAGUCGUGCCAUCCACGUGCUCUUCCAGAGCGGUGGCUGUCGUAGCGUCGAGCAUCUCACACACCUGGCUGAGACGCUCGUGCGGCGAGCGUCGCUCUGUCGCCACCGCGGUCAUCUCUACGUUCUGGCCGCCUUUGCCGACUUAUCGGUGGCGUGGAUGCUGUGUCCGGACAGCACAUCCUCCUCAGACCUUGUCCAGCUGUGUGCUCGCGAGGAGCUGUCGCACGAGUCGCCUGCAACGUGGCUGCAACGGUGCAAUGACGCGGCGCACAUCGCAUCCCCAGUGGCGCUGCCCAGCAUUAUAGCGCAGGUGCCGACGCUCUUCCCUCAGAAUCGAACGCUAUGCUUCUGCGCUAUGCUCACCUUCUACAUGUAUGCCAAGCGGACGCUGAGGCACUCGCUGACGCACCUUCUGUGCCGCGGUGCGGAGUGUGUGACCCCUGGCACCGAGGAGGAGCUGCUCAUGACAGCGCUCCGCGAGGUGGCUGUUGCGCAACAGAGCAAGGAGGUGACCAGUGCUCAGAGAGCUUGUGCAACCGCCGACUAUGCUUUCUCGCUGCUCCCCCUGCACGUGCGCAGCGCCGCGGAGACGCUGACGGCGGCGUGGGUGCGCGACUGUUUCCCUCCUGAUGGGCCAGCGUCCACCGAAACUAUCACAGGCUGGGCCGAUGUGGCGCCAGAGUCGCUUUCAUACAUUCGCUCUACACCGUUGGAGGUGCGCUGGCUAGCUUGGCUGGCGUGUGAAGUGCGGUGGUUCGCCUACGAGGAGCUGAUGGGUUCGCUGCCGGGCCAGACGGCACUGCUGAGCAUCGUGUUCGGCCCUACCACGCACAGCCGCGCUGACGGGCUCGUACGGCUGUCGAUGCAGUACGCGAACGCUGAUGUGCACAGCGAGGACUUGCGUCCUGCACUGCCUUACGGAACGAGUCGCGGCCACCUUGCCCAGAGCCUUCUGGAGAGCGCUCUUCAGUUGCGUCCGCUGCACCCCAGUGCAGCCGUGCUACUUGCGCGCAUGCACGCGCGCGAUGUGGAGAGCCUGGGCAGGGCGAAUGCUGUGCUGACUGACAGUAUUCACGCCUGGGCACAGCGCUUCAGCAUGCUGGAGAUGCGAGGCUCCGCGGAGGUGCGGCGUAGCGCCGCAGCAAAGGACCAGCAGACUCUUCCCGGCCGUGAGGGCACCGAUGUGCUCGCGUAUUUGCACCGGCGCGAUCGUCGCCCCGAAGUCUGCUUCAUUCCGUCCGAGCUGCUUGUGGAGCGCAGCCGGUGCCUGCAUACCAUCGCCGACAUGGCGGAGGCAACGGAGCAACACCCGAACCUGUCCUACCCUUAUCAAAUGCGUGCUGCGAUGGCUAUGGACCGUGGCUACCACCUCGCUGCUGUCAUGGAGCUGAGUCGCAUCAUAGCACUCACCAUGGACCCAAACGACGUCGCGCUGCGGGUGCGAUUUCUGCAAGAUGCCAUCGCCAUGGCGGCGAGUGCGAUCGAGGUGGGGGCAUCGUCAGAGGCAGCUGAGGGAACAGCUGAUCUAACCCCUACAGCUACCGCCACGGCUUACGAUGGCAACCACAUUAGCGAUGGUGGACUGGUGCUGGCGUCGAACGUGAACGCAUCGCCGCUCUCGUCGCUUCAGCUUGUGCCCCUCUACCGCGCGUGGAUGGCGAAGAUGUUGGGCUUUCUUACCUUGCUGCGCCCUCCAGAGUCGACGUGCCCUGGCAGCCAGCAGCUGCGCACUCGUUUCCUCGGUCGAGAGUGGCUGGCGGCUCCGAGUGGCGCAUGGCCCCCCACGUCUUCUGAGGUUCACGUGUCACGUGUCGCAAGCAUCGCCUUUAGCGACGGGGACGAGGAGGAUGCAUUGGUCAGCGCGGCAGCUGUUGGAUUCGACGCUGUCUAUGUACGAGCCUUUCUGGAAGAUUUGCUUUCGCCGACUGCUCUCCCUUUCGGUGUGAUGGCCAUCGACAGUGGUGCUCGCACCCCUGCGCUCACUCACUGA